AGCCAAACAGGAGGUUGCAUUUUUACCGGAUAAAAUGGGGAACUUCGAGCCACCCAAGCCUCCAACACGAGUAGGUCCUGGGGAGGGAGGCAAGGCCCACCUCCUAUCCCCCAACAAGCAGAAUGAAGGGUCCCAGUCUAUGAGUGAAUAUGGCAUCAACAUGGUGGUGUCGGAUGAGAUUGCUAUGGAUCGAGUGGUUCCAGACACCAGACAUUCAGAGUGCCAACACUGGGAAUAUCCUGAUGACUUGCCAACAACAUCUGUGGUUAUUGUGUUCCAUAAUGAAGGCUUCUCAACUCUUAUGCGCACAGUGCACUCUGUUAUUGAUAGAUCUCCUCCGCAGUUUUUGAAGGAAGUGUUGCUUGUGGAUGACUUCAGUGACAAAGCAAAUUUGAAAGAGCAGUUAGAAGACUACAUAACAAGAUGGAAUGGCAAAGUGCGAUUGAUACGCAACAAAGAACGUCAAGGCCUGAUCCGUACACGUACAACUGGAGCUGAAGAAUCUAGGGGUGAAGUUGUCUUAUUCUUAGAUGCUCACUGUGAAGUAAACAAGAACUGGCUUCCUCCCCUUCUUGCCCCAAUAUACAGAGACAGGCACACAAUGACAGUACCAGUGAUAGAUGGCAUAGACCACAGCACAUUUGAAUACCGGCCAGUUUAUGGUCCUGGCACCAAUUUCCGGGGCAUAUUUGAGUGGGGCAUGCUGUACAAGGAGACAGAAUUACCAGCAGAAAUUGAACGCACACGCAAACACAAAAGUGCUCCUUACAAAGCACCUACACAUGCAGGAGGUCUCUUUGCUAUUAACAGAGAGUACUUUUUGAGUUUGGGAGCUUAUGACCCAGGACUGUUGGUUUGGGGUGGUGAAAAUUUUGAACUGUCAUUCAAGGUUUGGCAGUGUGGAGGCAGUAUUGAAUGGGUUCCUUGCUCUCGGGUUGGCCAUGUGUAUAGAGGAUUUAUGCCUUACAACUUUGGAAAGUUAGCUGAAAAGAAAAAGGGCCCACUUAUUACUAUCAAUUACAAGAGAGUUAUUGAGACAUGGUUUGAUGAUAAGUAUAAGGAAUACUUCUACACACGAGAACCUCUUGCAAGAUAUUUAGAUAUGGGUGAUAUCAGUCAGCAGCUGGAAAUGAAGAAGCGUUUAGAAUGCAAGAGCUUCCAAUGGUUUAUGGAUAAUGUGGCAUAUGAUAUGCUAAGGAAGUAUCCGGAACUACCUCCCAAUCUUCAUUGGGGUGAGCUACGUAAUGCUGCUACUUCCCAGUGCCUUGAUACUAUGGGUCACCCAGCUCCAAGUUUGAUGGGUAUAGCACACUGUCAUGGGUUUGGUAACAAUCAGUUGAUACGGCUAAAUGCUGAAGGACAACUAGGUGUCGGGGAGAGAUGCAUUGAUGCAGAUAGCCAGGGGAUCAAGCUAAUUUUCUGCCAUUUAGGAACUGUGAAUGGUCCUUGGGAAUAUGAUGAGACAAGUCAUUUGCUGUUCCACAAGAAGUUGGGGAAGUGUGCUUCUCUACAUCCACAAAAUAACCAACUGUUGCUGCUUCCCUGUGACCCAGUCAACAACUACCAGAAGUGGAAUUUUAAGCAGAUUACCCCUAAAUGGUGAGAGGGUGUUAGAAAGGUUGUGCUAGUUUGUGAGUGAUUUUUCUUGAGGACUGAAUUUGUUUAAGUGAGUGUUGAAUAGAUAAAUAAGUAAAUGAGUUUAUAUGUAUGUACAUACAUAUAGUUUUAUGCAAAAGAAGGAAAUCACUAUUACCUCUAAAUUUUAAGAAAUAAGGAGAAUUGUCAGUCAUUAAGUGUAGAAAAUAUGAUAAUCAGAAGUCCUUUGUGACUGCCAGUUGUGAUCCAAAUUACAUGAUAAUAUAUUCUAGUUAAUCAAAUAUAAGAAAAAAUCAUGCACAUGGAAGGAGAAUAAACCAUUCUUUUGACAGUGUAAUAUAUGUUAAUCCAAUGCUGUUGGGAACAUGUGAUAUCCACUGUACUGUUGCUUUGUAAAAUGUGUUUACUUAUAGAUAGCACCACAAGUGCACAGUCACCAAGGAUUCAAUCAAUGGAUUUGAUCUUACCUGAUUUCCCCCUUCUUUAGGUUUUUGGGAUUUGUUUUCUAACGCUGUUAUUGUUAUUGACAUUGUAAUCAUUAUGAUAUUAUAACAAUACUAAUUGCAAUAUAAGGUAAAGAAUAAUCCCAAAAAUCAAAGAAAAGCAGUAAAAAGAUUAGGUAAGUAGGACUAGUGAUUGAAUACUUUGUGGAGCCAUCUAUGAGUAAACACAAUUUGUAAACUAAACUCACACUGGGCAUGGUAUGUAUGUGCAUGCCAGCCCCAGCAACAUUGGGUUGAAUUAACAUAUGCCCUAGUGUUUGUAUUCUGACAUUACAGUUUAUAGUUGAUCUAUAGAUAUUUAAUUUUAUACAGUGAGAUGUAAGAAGUCAGGUUACCAUUUUUAGUUUAUAAUAUCCAGAAAUAAACAUAGUGUGCUGUGGUAUAUGAACUCUGGUUGAAUACAGAAAAGUUAGCUAUUAUUUUAACAGCAUGUGAAAAUUUUUACUUGAAAACCAUUUUUGAUAACAGAGACAAGGAAAUAUGGAAAAGUGCAGCUCAGUCCUAACAAGAGAGAUGGACUGCUGAACAGAAGAGAAAACUAUACCAUUUUUAGUAAAUUAUUGGACUCUAUAUUGUAUUUAUUUUAUUGGUUUUAUCAAAUGCUAAUGAAUGAUUUGUUUGCUAUCUAUUUUGUUUAUAUCAUCAAUAGAAAUAGGUGUUGUUUCCAAGUUUGUUUUUUUUCUUCUUCUUUCAUUUUUUUACAGAUAUAGUAAAAAUAUUUCAUCUGUUACACUUCUUUUUGCAUAAUUUAUAAUUCUAAUCUUGGUUAUUUAAAGUGAAGGGAAAAUAUCUCCCACAUCCUUGGUUCUUCUGAAUUUAUUUUAGUAACAUGCAUUAAUUAUUGGUAAGAUGAUUCCAUUUUGAAUAGAUUAUAGGUGAAUACAUAUAUAUCUUGUGAUCCAUAUGGCAGAAUUAGAUGUAUUUAACCCCUUGGAUCUGGGUGACUUGGAUGAUGGAAAUAUGUUGUCAUAAGUGCACAAAGCUCAUGGAGUGUGAUUCGACUCAGUGGGCAUUUAGGAAGGGGCUCUACAUUGUUUCCACCAGUAAAUGAGUAUGGAAUCUACCAUUUGUGAGCCAUGACUGGAAAAGUGCUGGCCAAAGGGAGGACACUAGUUUUAUGUUCAGAAUCCUUAUUCUGACAUAAUUAACAAAAUGUUAUUUAUUGUUAUACUUAUUGCACAGAGCUAUUAAUUAAAUACCUAGAGAGAUGACAUAGAAUCUGUGCAAGGAAACCAGUAAAUUACCUUCUUGAUGCAGCAUAUCAAAUGACAAAUAUAGAUCUUGAAAAAUUGAAAAAAAAACAAAAAAACUUUGCAAAGGGAAUGUUUGUGUUGACUUGGCCUACAAGCCACACAUGGGAGAGUUGCCACUAAAGUAAGCUUAAUACCCAGACUUUGGGCCAGGUCCGGGCAGCGAGGCACCCGGAUCUAGUGGGUUAAGCAUGCAGUAGUUUUAGUACUACCAUGUGCUCUUUCAUCAACCUUUUUAUGCUUUGCCAUGUAAUAUUAUUUGUAAGUAUUUACAUUCAGAAAAGUAGUAAUUUAUAUAGCCUUCAAUCUUCAAUUUGGUAUAGAAAACUGACUGGUGUAAAUAGUAAAGACACAAGCAGAUACCAUAUUUUAUGUUCUUGAAAUAUUCUGAUAUUUCCCUGUUACUUUUUUGCUUUGUUCUCUCUCUUCUCUUUUCUUUAGUCUCUACCUUUGUAUCUCUUGUUUUCUUUAUCCCAGCCUCUCAUUUUUUAUUGUUAUUAUUGUACUGUAAAAGUGGCACGGGUUGUUUAGUUUAUAUGUGGGGUAGAUCAUUCUAGGAUGUUUUUACUUAAAGCUGCAUUGAAAAAUUUAUAUAAUGUUUUGCUCAUAACUUUAAUGAUAAUGAAAUGGCAUCACAAAUUACUGAGAAUACUCUUGUGAUUCUUGAAAUAUGGACUUUUGGUAAACAGAUGUUUUUAUGAUCUUAAUAUGAUUAUGAAUCUGCUGUUAAUCUCAGUGUAUGUGUAUGAAGUACGAGAGCUAGGGCUUUUUUGGUUUACUUAGCUUUUCCAUGAUUUUGAGAAAUGGCGUUGAUUGAUUAAGCCAUUGUAUAAAUGAUUUGAUGUGAAAAAUUAAUGAUUUAAAAAAAAAAUUCUGUAAGCCUAUUGACUUCUGCCUUCCUUUGUUUAGCUCUAAAUUUUGAAAUAUAAUUUACUUUAAAGAGUACAGUCAGGUUUGUAUUAAAAAUUAAUCAAGAAAUUGGUUAAAAUUAAUCCCCUGGAUAAUUUUUUUUUUUUUUUUUUACUGUACCUAAUCUUUACACCAUUUACUAAUCCCAUACUCUCUAUUAAAAUGGGAAAGCCUAUAAUUGGGUAACCUCUAACCAUCAUUAGUUGGUCAUGCACUAGUGCACUGGAGCUCCCAGAAAGGCUACCUGGCCAGCUGCAAGCAGCAAGGAUCAGGUGAACUGCUCUGACAGUUCCCGGUAGAAGUGCUGAAGAGUGAAAUUUUGGACUGGUGUCAAUGAGGUAAAGUCUAAAGAUUAAUAGAAAUAAGGUAUUGAAAGUAAGAUGCAUAAAUCUUCAUAAGGUUCGGUAUCACAACUUGAUUUAUCAGUUUAAUAUAAUCAGAAAAUGGUCAUUCUUUUUAGUUCAAUUGUAAAAAAAUAGUGAAAGAUGAGUUGGUUAAGACAGAAAUAUGAAAAAGAUAAGAUACUUAUUCUUUUGUAUAUAAUUUUUUUCAGUUUUAGGGUGUUUGGUAUUUCUUGCAACUCAAGGGUUUUGAGCUAAGAUGGUGCUGGAAGAGACAAUGUACUUUUUUUUAUGUUCCUUUGUUGGUAGUUAUAAUUCUAAUCUGUGCACAGAUGAGGUAGUUUGUUUUUUAAAUGUGAUUUUUUUUGUGAGAUUUAAGUCUUAUGCAUGUGUAGAAUAAUGAAAUUACAAGCUUUCUGUAUAAUGUUGACCAGUAUGAACAUUCCUUACCUUAUUCUUUGAUUGAGUUCUGUGAUCUCAUUUUCUUUUGAAAAAUUCUGCAACAUUUAGAAUUCCACACUUUGAUGCAUUAACAAUUUCAUACAUUAUUUGUUUUUGUAUUUUGUGUGUGUUUGUGUGUGUAUGGGAUGUGCAUAAAACUUAAAAGUCCAUGUGACUUAACAAAAAAAUGCUCAUGAGUAGUUGCACCUUUUUUCACCCUAAGCAAAUAUACUUUUAGUGAUAUCA